CUUCAGCUCAGUUGCAUGUGAAAGCUGGAGGGGGAAUAAGCAGUUUGUAUUGAGCUCUUUUUUUGUUGAAAAGAAUCUGCAUCUGCUUUGUGCGAGCAGUGCUUGAAGGAAAACAUGGCUUCUAUGUAUAGAAGCCUUGAUGACAGUUAUGUUUCAAACAAAGGGAGGUCGACCAGCUGUGUGACAUUAGUCGUGGUUCUGGGCUGUCUGACUGUCCUGGGGAUUGUGCUCGCCAUCGCUGUUCUGGAGAGACCCCCACCGCCGAAAGAUCACAAGACGCUACCUACGGACACCGGUGUGGGCAGUUUCUCUACGGACCAGUGCAGCAUGGUCCUCGUGGAGAGCAUUCCCCAACAUGUGAAAUAUAAAGCCAAUGCAACGUUCGGGAUCCCUCUGGGACAAGUCUGGAAGGAUCUCAUCUCCAUGGCGACUGACCAAGUGGACGUGGCCUCUUUUUACUGGACUUUGACUGGGGAAGACAUCAGCGUUAACUCUUCCUCUGACAUACCUGGAAAGGACAUCCUGAGAGAACUUGAGGAGUUGCCCUCCAGGAACGUGUCUGUCCGAGUGGUGACCAGUGUUCCCACAGUUAGAACAAACUCCACAGAUUUAAAGAUCUUAAAACAGAAAGGAGUUCAGGUGAGGAAGGUGAACUUUGGCCGCCUGACAAAAGGCGUCCUCCACAGCAAGUUCUGGAUCGUUGACAGAAAACAUGUGUUUAUUGGAAGUGCCAACAUGGAUUGGAGAGCUCUGACACAGGUGAAGGAACUAGGAGUGGUCAUCUACAACUGCUCCAGUCUAGCAAAGGACCUCUAUAAGAUCUUCCAGUCUUACUGGGUGAUGGGACAAUCCAACAGCUCCCUGCCGCAGCCCUGGCCUUCAAAGUACGACACUGACAUCAACAAAUAUCAGCCCCUGCUGGUGGAAGCUGAUAAUGUCUCCAGCAGGAUCUACCUCUCCGGUUCUCCACCAUCAUUCUGUCCUCUAUCGAGGACUCAGGACCUGGAGGCUAUUCUCUCCAUCAUCUCAGAGGCCGAACACUAUGUCGAUGUAGCUGUCAUGGAGUACUUCCCCACAACACGCUUUGAAAAGCCUCUGAGAUACUGGCCGUUCAUUGAUGAUGCCAUCAGGAUGGCCGCAUUCGAGAGGAGGGUUAAGAUCCGCAUGCUGAUCAGCUGCGGGCGGGACUCUGAUCCAGCAAUGCUGCCCUUCCUUCAGUCUCUAGCCUCACUGGACAGACCUCACCAGGAUAUCAACAUUCAAGUAAAAUUGUACAUUGUGCCUGUAGGAAACCAGUCUCAUAUUCCAUACUCCAGAGUCAACCACAAUAAAUACAUGGUGACAGAUAAAGUGGCCUACAUUGGUACCUCCAAUUGGUCAGGGGACUACUUUCUGACCACAGCUGGAGUGGGCCUGGUGAUUUCCCAGCAUGCUCCUCACCCUGUAUGGAAGAACAAGACCCUGCAUAGCCAGCUCAGGGCGGUUUUUGGCAGAGACUGGCACUCCGAGUUUGCUGUGCACCUCGCUGACCUGGGGCGGAACCCAGACUGUGCACUAUCAACAUGACAGAAGGUUGAGGUUCCGCAAAAAUGAUACAUUCUUGCCUAAGGUUGUAAUUGUGGCAUAGUUGUGAUUUUUGUUGUUUUUAUAUUGUCUUUAUUAUAUUAUCUAUGUAUUGGAAUAUAUUAUCCAUGCCAAAAUCAUCAGUUUAUGCAUAGAUUUUUGUUCAUUUAUCAGUGCUCGGGGUAGGGAUAAAGUCCGUGUGCAUAAAGCUGUCACAUCAGAGGACAUACAACAUUAUACCAGCUGUGUCACCCUUAGUUGUUGGACUUGAUAAGUUAAAACACAUGUAACUGCAGAUAAGGUUUUGUUGAUUUAGCACUAUUUUGUUAGAUUUAGUGGUCGUCUAGUGUUGACUGAGGUUGAAUGUAUGAUUAAUGAAUCUACUGUAUGAUUAUUAAAAUAU